AUGUCCGAUUUAGAAGAUGACUUAUUGGCGUUAGCAGGAGGCGAUGAAUACGACUCCGAGGCUGACGUACCCACCACAAGAACAACAUCAAAGAGUCGAUCGACUUAUAAUGGUAGUGGUAAUGGUAAUGGCGGUGGUGAUGAGUCUGAAAGUGAUGACGAAGAUACUGUUUUGGCCAAGAAGCGUCGUAGAGUUGACUCUGGAAGCAAUGAUUACGAUGAUGAAGUUGAGGGUAGAUUAAGUCCUGAAAAUGAUGAUGAAGACGACGACGAAGAGGACGAAGAAGAAGACGAUUAUGACCCCGAUGCAGGUACUGGAUACGAACCCGAGGAGAAUGAAACCGAAUUGGUGAAUCCAUAUCCAAUCGAUGGUAAGUAUAAGGAUGAGGCGGAUCGUGACGAGUUGGAAGCAAUGGAUGAAAUGAAGAGAGAGGAGAUUUUGUUUGAAAGAUCGCAGGAGAUGGAUAAAUACAAUGAGCGUAGGUUUUUACAACAGAGGAUCAAAAAGCAACAGCAGCAGCAGCAACAACAACAACUUAAUAGGUCCGAUGAGAAGUUGAGGACGUCUAGUCGAAACAAGACUGUUGGUGCGAGGUCACACAAGGAGAAUAAGUUGAGUGAAUUGAAGAAGCAGAGAGAAAAACAUUCGAGAAAACGGACUAGAGCACAAGAUGACUAUGAUGAUGAUGAUGAUGAUGCAGAGGAAGAUUCUGAUGACUCGGGGUUAGGUGAAGAGGAGUUGCUGGGUGAAGAGGCUUACGAAGAUGAUGAGUUUGAUGAGUUUAAUAAAGGUGGUGUUUCUUGGGGUGGUGUUUCCAAGACGAAGCGUAAGAAGCUGACUGAGCCAGGUAAAUACGAGGAUAUUUUACGAAUAAGUAUGACUCGAAGUGUGCUUGCGCAAUACUGCUAUCAUCCGAACUUUCAAAACGUCAUGAUUGGAACAUAUGCCAAAGUUGCUGUUUCUUUUGAUAGGCAUACGGGGAGACAGUUUUAUAGGAUGGUGAAGAUUGAGGAUAUUCGUGCUAGGCCGGAGAAGCCAUUCCGCAUUGGGAAUUCUAAAUAUGACAUGUAUUUCUUGGUGAGUCAAAACAGAGAGCAGAAGAUGCCUUUUCCCAUGAGUACGUUUUCUGAUUCUAUUAUUACCAGAGAAGAGUAUGAUAAGUAUCUUGGGGAGCUUGCCAAGACUGGUGAGAGCAUUGAUUUGCUUGAUGAUAUAAAGGAGAAGGUUCUGGAGUUGAGUAAGUUCUACAAAACGGGUAUUACGGAUAAGGAUAUCAAUGAGCGUAUUGCUAGGAAGCAGCAGAUGCAACAAAAGAAGGGUGCAUACACUGCAUUUGAGGCUGUGCAGGCGAAAUCGAGGUUAAUGGAGGAGCUCAAGAUUUUCAAGCAACGGGGAGAUUUGGAAGGAACGCAGCGGAUUAUCAAUGAGUUGAAGCAUAUUGAUGAGAUUUUGGAUCAAAAGACACUGUCUAGUACAUCUCAAUCGCAGAUUCAGAGUAUUGCCAAGGUCAAUGAGCGAAAUAGAAAGUUGAAUUCGACGAAUAUUAGGAAGGCCGAGCUCAAGUUUAAGACAGAUGCGUCAACGGCGUCGUUUGAUGGUGGUGAUCCGUUUUCGAGGUUGAAGACAAACACGAGGAUGUUUUAUCAGGAUUUGAUCAAUCGUGAGAAUGCAAAAGCGUUGCAGGAUGUUAAUAUGCAGAAGUUGAUUGAUGAGAAGUCGAAGCAAGAGGAGCAAAUUGCCCAAUCGACGUAUAGAGAUUUGGGUGAGAUGGAUAAAUUGAUUAGACUGAUUGACAUUGAUAUUGAGUUGAUGAUUUAG